GGUUUCAGUCGUUGCGUCGCCGCUCUACUCACUAUGUGAGAUUACCGGAGCCCCACUAUCCAGUACACUAUGCUGCCCAGCCCCGACACCAGCUGACGUUUGACGACGAUAUAACUACAUCCAGGAACAGCCAGGCAGCUCUCAUAGCCGCCCUGCGAGCAGAGAAGACAGCCAUCGGGAUGCUGUUGGCCAGCGAUCCCCUCGCAGAUGGAAACACUCAGACCACAACAAUGACCUGCGAGAGCGAUCCGGCGAUCACCAUCACGUGUCCGAUGACGCGGAUAACUGCGAUCACGGUGACGUACGGUUACAACGUUGCGAACGACAGCACAACGUGCACUAAUGACCCCUCGGAUCUCUUCAAUUGUACGGCCAAUGACGUUACGUCUACCUUUAGUGCUGGUUGUGUAGGGUCGACUAGCUGCGUUUUAGACAUUUCCAACAACACCAUUGGGACUUAUCCAUGUCCAAUUGGUAACUCAAUCGGGCGUAUAACCUAUACGUGUUCUAUACUAACAGACAGCCAGAUAGUAUUCUUUGAGGCCCAGUACGCGCUCAUCUGCUCGCAACUGGACGCAAUCGAGACAACAUCGGCGAACGUAGCCACCGUUUUGAUGCUAUAUUCAGUGACUUGACAUCAUGGAGCAAGUAUUUAUUAUUCAAACCCAAAUACAGCCGUUACAACUGAUACAGGAAACGUUAAUUGCAUUGUGUAUAUCGAUUG